AUGAAUUUUAACGUCUGGAAUAUCAAAGAGAUGCUCAGCAUUCCCUCAGGCUUUGGGAUCACUAAACCAUCUAACUUGAAUAAUAAUCAGACUGACUGUUCUUCUCUCAGUGAUUCCCAGUUCCUCUUUGGAUCUCAGUUCUGUCCUGAAAAUUCAGAGACUCUGUUACCAUCCUUGGAUGUUGGUACUUACUUACGACACCCAAAACAGACACAACAGAAUUCUGUGGAUAAUGACCCUAGUAUUUUCACAAAAUACCAGGCAAAGCCCCAGUUGUUUGGAGGUGAUACAAAGGAUGAAGGCUUAUUUUCUCUUCCUUUGCCAGUUGGGAAAUCAAAAGGACUCUCAAAACAGUUUGAGGAGAAAAAACGAAAAGUGACGGACCAAUCUGACAGUGAGAUGCUGCACAAUUUCGUUUCUCAUUUUCCAGAAGUCAUUCACAAGUUGCAGACAUCUGUGGAAAAGUCUGAGGAACAUCUCAGCUCUAGAAGCCAGUCUAUUUUAGAUUCUGUGGAGACCAUAGCCAAGACUUUUCAAGAAACUGCACAGGUCCAGCAUGACCUGAUGGUUGAGUCAGUGAAAGACAAAGGCAGCGUGGAGCAGGCCAUCCUUGAGCUACAGAGGGCAUGCGCAGCUAGACAAGCAGAAUUUAUGGAGGUGAAAUCUACCCUGCAGAACCUUGAAGUUUUAGUUGUCCAGCAGAGUGAGAGCUUCCAGCAGCUCCGUGACAGCCUGGACCAGCUCAUUGUGCCUGGUGUCCUGCAAGAGCUGAAAAAAUUCACCUCUGUGCCUCAGGUGGCUGGGCAUCUGAAAGACAGCACCUCUCAGACCUCACCAUCUCUGAUCAAAGGACUCCAGUUUACUGGGCAGGAAAGGUAUUCCUCCAAGGAGCCAGCUACUUGGCAGGCCCAGGAGCCUUCUGCAGGGAAUCCCAGUAGAAGUUCCCAGAGGCCUGGGGAGUUUGGUGUCUCUGAUGAAGGACCAGAGAGUGAUGCUUUUCAAAAGGCUGCAUUGCCAACAGACAGGCCUCAUAGAGGCAGUGAACAUGAGAAGAAGAAGGCCAUGCAGACUUACUGCAAGAACUGGGUAAUGACCUCCAGAAGCCUCAGUAGCCACUUCCCUAGCCGCCCCAGCCAGCAGGCUGGCAAUGACCAGGGUCUAAUUGCCCAAGGAGCUUCACAGCUGGCUUUAUAUAAGUCUGAAACCAGAGUGGAGAAUGUCUGCCUCGAGUGCGAGACCCAAAACGUGUGCUCUUCUGACUCAUUUGAACAGUCAGCAACUGAAUGGAAAGAUGGCACCUGCAGAAAAAGGAGCAGCAAGAAGCAGCAACCCAGAAGACCAAAGAGAGGUGGGCUUCUCGCUAGGAAGCAAGAGCAGGCCUCAAGGAAGGCCUGUGCUUUCAUGGCUAGGGGUCACUGUCCCCAGUCUCCACAGGAGCCCCUCAUCUGUUGGAUGACUCCCAGAAGCUCCACAAAGCCAACCUGUCAUAUUUUGGGAGGAACAGGAAAGACCAGGAAGACAGCAAGGGCAGCUCAAGGGAACCUCCUGCAGUCUUCCCAGUGCUCUUCCACAGAACACAGUUCCCAGGGAGACCAGCACAUAAAUUGGUUCAGUGACCUGAGUGUUGAAAACCUAGAGCCUCCUCUGUGUAAGAAGGGAGGGAAGAAUUUGCUCUGUGACCCGGAUUUUGAUAGCAGCGAUGACAAUUUCUAA